AAUAAUAAGUAUAUAACAUGUCAUGCCUAAUAAUAAUAGGGCAAGAUAUACAAGGACGCGGUUUGACGAAUCCGCUGCUUUAAUGUAUCUCCCCACGCAAACCCAGGUUAAAGACUUGUAUCCUAUUUAUCUCUCUUCACUAUACGAACCCUCUUUCUCUCUCUAGAUUUCAUACCAUUGUUGCAGAAAAUCACAGUCGAAAAUGCCUGGAGACAGGAAGAUAGGAGUCGCCCUAGACUAUUCCGCAAGCAGCAAAUACGCUUUAAAAUGGGCUAUUGAAAACCUCUUGGACAAAGGGGAUACCCUCUUUGUGAUCCAUGUCAAGUCCCACAGAGGCGACGAGGAGAAAAACCAGUUGUGGGCUAAAUCUGGGUCUCCUCUGAUACCUUUAUCGGAGUUCAGGGAUCCGGAUAUGCUGAAGAAGCAUUACGAUGUCCAGUCGGAUAUGGAGGUUCUGGAUUUGCUUGAUACCACAUCCAGGCAAAAGGAGGUGACCAUGCUUGCUAAAAUUUACUGGGGAGACGCGAGAGAGAAACUUUGUGAAGCUGUUGAAGAUCUGAAGCUUGAUUCAUUGGUCAUGGGAAGCAGAGGUCUAGGACAAAUCAAGAGGAUUUUGCUUGGGAGUGUGUCCAACUAUGUCCUUUCCACUGCAGCUUGCCCAGUGACUAUUGUGAAGGAACCUAACUUCAAGCCAUGAAAAGCUCUAAAUGGCCUUUAGAUAUAUACCCCUUUAUGUGGUUUGGAACUUAAUUUGCUAUGUUACCAACGGAGAGAAAACUACUCAUUUGCUAGUUUGAUACAAAUAAACUUGGGGAGAAUGCAUCCUUAAUGGAUUUCUUGGCCCCGUGGGAGAAGGUUGUGCUUUUAUUUGUAGUCUCUCUCUAGACUUAUGGUCUCGCGAGAGGGGCCAUAUGUACUUAUUUUUCCUCUUUUUCCUUCUUUUGGAUUUUUAUUAGAGUCAUAUUUUAGUAGGUGUUGUUUCGAUGGGUGAUAAUAUGAGAGAGUAAAUUUUGGUGAA